GACUCUUGCCUGGCAGCUCUGAGAGAGACACUUGACUGUGAGAACUUUGGCACCGCUGAGGAAGGACUGACUUUGUUCAAGGAAAUAUUGGAAAGACAGCCUGAGAACAUGCCGCUCUUUGUCAGUCAGUCGUGGCAACAAAGCUGUCAGAUCAUUGAGAGAACUCUCGGCCUGAAGCAUUCGAAUAUUACACAUCUGGCUUUCCACUGCGCUGCCACUUUUUUCAGACCACAACAUCAGCUGUCUCCCGUCAACGUUCACAAACUCGGGUCUGUAAUGAAGGCAGUCAUGGCCGCCGCAGACCACGCAUGUUUUGGUUCCUCUAACACAGAAGGUGCCGAGGUCACGUUUGUCGUGCACAAAGUCAUGGAUAUCGUUGUCGCAGCAAGCAGGCUGCUUGCUGAAGACAGAAAUCUGUGCGGAAAUGAAGCUGAGGUGGUCAAAGAGUUCAAAGACUCGCUGCAGUGUCUGAUCAGCAAGAUAGUUCUACCCUGGGUCAAGGUAAACUGGUGGUGCUUAAAGGAUCAUGUGAUACUUGAAAAGUUUCUCUCUGUCGUUAAUGUGCAACUGAGGCACGGAACCGCUCCCUUUGAGAGUCGCGAUUUAAUCGCUUCUGGUGUGCCGUGGAAGGUUAUUUCUUUCCUCUCACUUCCCAGGUAAGUAUGGCUCCAUUUUUGUGCUGUUCUUAGAAAAACGCGGUACCUUUUCUAUUAAUUCCUCAAUUUUCUUUCUUAUUUGCCGCCCUCCCUCCCUUUCCCCACCUGUAUGCCAAAAAGAUGUAUGACGAUUUGCAACAAUGAUGUGGAGUGAACACAAUACUUACACAUUUAAUCAUUAUUAUUUAUUAUUAUUAUUAUUAUAAUAUGUGUUUCGUCAUCAUCUUUUGUGUCAUGGUUAGGUGCUUCGCUGUUGCAUGCCGGAGACCUGAGUUCAAUUCUC